GUGCCAUGCAGGGCAGAAUUAAUAGUCAGUUUGGAGUAAGGUUACUUUACUUACUUUAUUUCAUUCUGUGUUUCUCUCGUGUUAAAUAAUAACCACUACAAUUAACUGCUAUAUCGAGAUUUUGCUGAACUCCUAUUGGCUUUGAUAUACAACUUUUGUUGAGAAUGAGUGAUAUUGAUCUGGUAGAAACUGGCAGUGGGUCAGAUGAUGAUAAAGAUGUGCCCACAUUGCCAGCAGAUACGUUGGCCAUUUUAGAAGACUUUUAUAAAGAACAAAAUAAAAAACAUCAAAACGAAGAACAGGGUGAUAUAGGAGAGGACUGGCAACUCAGUCAAUUCUGGUAUGAUGAUCAUACAGCCACAACUUUAGCAGAAGAGGUCCUGAAAGCUAGUAGCAAUGGAAGAAUCUGCUGUUUGUGCGCGCCGACUCUUUACAAAAAACUUUGUCAACUCAGGCCAGACAGCUGUGAAAUUUUCCUCUUCGAAUUUGACAAACGUUUUGCUGUUUUUGGACAAGACUUCGUGUAUUAUGACUAUAAUGAUCCUUUGGGCAUCCCUUCUCGUAUUUCCAAGAAUUCGUUCGAUUUUGUCUUCGCCGAUCCGCCAUUUUUAACCGAAGAAUGUUUUACUAAAGUUGCGAAAACGGUGGAAUAUUUAAUGAAAGAAAAACUCAUGUUUUGCACAGGUUUACGGAUGCAAGAUACGGUGGAAAAAAUGUUUGAUGCAAAACCAUGCCAGUUCAUUCCUCAACAUAAAAACAAUUUGAUGAAUGCUUUCAGAUGUUAUACAAACUAUGACUGUAAACUGAACUAAAUAAAUAAACUGAACUACAUAUUUUA